CAAGUGUCCCCAGCCGCUGUGCGGACAGGUGGGGGGUGAUGCGGCGGCGCCUCACGCACGGUGCGGAGGGGUGUGACGGCCUGGGAGCAGACAGGGAGGAGCCCGGCUCACACACAGGCCGCGCCCACCCCGGGAUCUCCUGUUAUCUGACGUAAUCCUCGCUUAUAUAGCAGGCUCCGUACACAUCCAUCCAGAUCGUACUGCGGAGUCCGGGGAGAGCUGCCGAGGAGCGCGCGUACACUGCGGAUCAGCUGACAGACAAUGUUUUCUGCCAGGGCCAUCUUACAGGCUAAUGGUGGUGGUGAAAAGGUUUGUCGGCAGCUUUUUGGAGAAGUGGACCAUGAACAACUUAAAAGGGACUUUGAGACCGUUAUCAGCAACGGUUUGGAGGAAGCCAGGCGCACAUGGAACUUUGACUUUGUGGCUGAGACGCCAUUGGAAGGGGAUUAUGUGUGGGAAAGGGUGGAAGGCCAACAGCAGGAGACUACAACAGAAGAUGGUGACACAACGCCCAGCCUUGUAUCGGUCCAGGAACUUGAAAGUAGAGGAUCAAAUUCUUGCAAGCGAAAGCAAAUGCUCAUUACCGAUUUCUAUCAAGUGAAACGCCGCUGUUCUCCACUUCCUUCGCCAUGUCACUGUAGCCCGUGAUUGGAUUUGUUCCAGAUUAUACAUAUGUUCUUUUCCAAGAGACCUUCCUCAAGACAAGUCAAAACUUUCCAUACAAGAAUCUCGGUUUCAGGAAGUAAAUCUUUACUUUGAAGAUCUAUAGACACAACCUGGAAAGGUGGAAAUGUUGAUGCACUUCAUAAGGGCCCUGGAGAGCAAUUAACCACUUUAGUUGCCUUGGCAACAAAAUUUAGCUGAGACAGAGUCUGUUCAUUUGUGUGCGUGAAGAGAAUUCUCCAUAAGGGAAUAUGUGUUGUAUCCAUGUGUAUAUAUAGUAUGUAUGUAAGGAAACACUGCGGGUUGUGGGGAGUGUCAGCAGCUUAGUUUUUGCAGGCGGAGAAUACAGCCUGCCAUUGUUUUGGGUUGGCAAAAACCGCUGGAUGAAGGUGCCGCUUGCUUUGUCAUCACCUGUCCACUUCUUAACCACCGACCAGUCUAAGCCGCACUCCCUGGAAAGGAUAGUGUUAAAAAUUCUAGGUCCUAAAGACUGGGAAAGCAUUCAGGGCAGAGCCGCUAUUGAAUAUCACAUAAUGUGAUUUAUUUAUUUCUUUUAAAUGCAAGUUUUCCCUGGUGUGCUUUUCCUCAUUGAAGUCCACGGAGCUAAGUCAUAAAAAUGACAGGGGUAGGUGUGGUUCAAAACACGGCAACAACUUGUACUGGUCCAGAAACAUUGUGGUUCUGUGCAAUAUAGGGAAAACUGUGCAGCCAGAUCUCGUGUCUGUGUGCUGUGUGCAGAAACAUCAGUGUAUUUCUAUGAG